AUGUGUGCUGACGCUGUAAAAAGCAUCAUUGAGAAGGCUAGCACAAUAGGCCUCAAAGUUCGCUGCGUGACAAGCGAUAUGGGGUCCCUGAACAGAGGUGUGUGGAAUGCCAAUGGAAUCCACAGCGGCACGACGUGCCUGAAUUACAAAUGCCCGUACCCCGGAAAUGAAGGAACAACACUAUACUUUAUGGCGGACGUUCCUCAUCUCCUGAAAAGGAUCAAGUCAGCAUGCUUGAAGUUUCAAGUCAUCAUACCAGAUGACAUUGUGGAAAAUUUUGAGCUGCCGACCAACAAGGUUAACUUCCAGUAUGUUCGGCAACUUGCUCGCCGUGACUCAGAAAGACAGCUUAAGUUGGCCCCCCAGCUGACAACUGAAGCUCUUGAACGGGGCCAAUUCUCAUCAAUGAAAGUGAAUGUUGCCAUGCGGGUCCUCAGCCGAGACACAGCAGCUGCUCUCCGCUACCUUGUUGAGCAUGAGCACUGGAACAGACAGGCACUGACAACGGCAUGGUUUGUCGACAAUGUGAGGAAGUGGUUUGAUUUGAUGUCAAAUCGAUCUCCACAAAUGGCACUCGGCCAAGCUCACAUGGAAAUCUAUGAGAACACAAUUAAGUUUCUGAAAAUGAUGACCACCCUGUAUCGGAACCUGAGGGUGACCAAAGGAGGCCCCCAGAUGGAGCCUUACAAGCCGUGGCAAUCUGGAGCAGUGCUCUCAACGAGCUGCGUGCUGGAGCUGCACGAGGUGCUCCUCCAAGAGGGCUUUAAGUUCGUCCUAACUGGACGACUCUCCCAAGACUGUCUGGAGAAUUUUUUCUCCGCCAUAAGAACGCGUGCAAAAUUUCCGACACCAGUGCAGUUUCGGAACACGCUGAAGACUGUGACUGUCGCACAGUUUCUGAAGCAUGCCUCAGGCUCCAGCUAUGAGGAAGACGAAAGCACUUUCCUUGGGGAGUUUCUGACCCCUCUCCACACAAGCCAAGCUCCUGGAGAAGCACAACCUGUGCUCCCAGAGGAGUUCAGUCUCCCGGUACUACAGGAAACCGAUAGACAGGUGUUGUACUACUUGGGAGGGUAUGUGGUGUACACACUCCGCAAGACUCUUUCUAAGUGUACUUUGUGUGCAGAUAGUGUUGUGCAGGAAAGUGACAGUGGAGCCUUGCCAUCCUCACUUCUCCUCCUGAAGGAGUGGAAGCCAGGUGCACUGAUGAGGUGCUCGGAGAGUGUGUUCGAGCUACUCACAAAGACUGAGAAGUUGUUUCAGGCACUCACCCCACAACUCCAGAAGCUGAAGAGGUUGAACCUCCUGAAGCAGCUCCUCGAAAAAACGCUUCACAUGACUCAGCAUGUGCAGCUCCCAACAUGCCACAAUAUUAAAGGGAGGGUUAUCAUGAAGUACCUUACAUGCAGAUUCCACUUCCUGUCAAAACAGCUGAGGCCGAGAUUGCGCUCGUGUCCUAGCAGCAAAAGCGGAGCCGCUACCCUUUUGAAGUAA